AUGGUCGCUACACACCUGCUUGCCCUCGCGGCAUCGCUCACAGCUGCCUCAGCCCAGGCAAUCCAGGGCUUCAACUCCGGCAACACUUUCGUUAAUGGCGCCGCAAAAGCCCAGUCCGACUUCGAGGCCGAGAUGACUGCAGCUCAGAAUCUCGCUGGCACUGAUGGCUCCUUCACAAACUUCCGCCUGUACACCAUGGUGCAAGCCGGCACCACUAACACCCCAAUCUCUGCCAUUCCCGCUGCCAUCGACACCGACACGGGUCUCCUCCUCGGCCUCUGGGCUUCAGCCGGCCAAGCGGUCUUCGACAACGAGCUCGCCGCUCUCCGCAGCGCCAUCCAACAGUACGGCUCCGACUUCACAAGCAGAGUCAUCGGCAUCUCAGUCGGCAGCGAAGACCUCUACCGCAUCUCGCCUACCGGUAUCGCUAACGAAGCUGGCAUUGGAGCCGGUCCUGACGUGAUCGCCAACUACAUCCGACAGGUGCGGGAGGUGAUUGCAGGCACGCCUUUGAGCGGCGCUGGCGUCGGCCACGUCGACACCUGGACGGCGUGGGUGAACGGCUCCAACUCUGCCGUCGUGCAGGCCUCAGACUGGGUUGGCAUGAACGCAUUCCCGUACUUCCAGGCCGAGGUCGGCGACAACAGCAUCGAGCAAGGCGGUCCUCUCUUCUUCGACGCCUACGAUGCGACCGUCGGCGCUGUUGGUGGCAAGCCUGUCUGGAUCACCGAGACCGGCUGGCCGUACCAGGGCCCGACCGUCGGCGUUGCGGACGCGAGCGUUGACAACGCCCAGAGCUACUGGAACCAGGUCGCCUGCCGGGUUCUUGGUAACAUCAACACCUUCUGGUACACGCUCCGUGAUGCCAACGCCGCCAACGCUGCCAGCUUCGGCAUUCUCGGUGACGAUCUCGAUGCCUCUUCUCCUCAGUGGGACCUCUCCUGCGCCGCUGAGAACACCACCUCGACCUCCACUUCCGCGUCUUCUACCGCUACUGCUACCGGCGGUGCUGGUGGCCGUGGUGGCAACGGCAACGGCGCGUCCACGACUGAGGACAGCGGUCUGACCGCCACGCCUGUUCCUAUCCAGACCAACGUCAACGGAUCCAUGACUCUCUUCCCUACUGGCGGUGCCAGUGCUACUGGUGGUGCUUCUUCCAACCCCACUGGCUCCACUGGCCCAACACCCACCAGCCCGCCAGUCUUCGAGGGCGCCGCUACCAUCAGCAAAGUCAACGGUGCCAUGCUCCUCGGUGCGAUCGCCGGCCUUGCGCUCUUUGCUUUCUAG